CGUUUCUAUGGAAACAGAAAAAACGCGAAUUUGAUGUGAAUUUUGUUUACGAAAGGAAUGGAAAACCAAACGAUAAACAAAUCAUGUUUUCUGAAUGGAGACAAGAGUUCGAUCGCAGACUUCGAGACGUCCGACGAGACGACGCUGUCGUUGCCGUCGCUCUCCGUCGCCAACAACCGACUCCUUGCAGACGACUCGCGCGUCGCCGCCGACGACAGACGACGACACGACCAGAGGAUGACUAUCAGAGACAGCGAACAACUCGUCGAAGAACUCAAGAGAGAGAACUUUAAUCUCAAACUCCGGAUCUAUUGUCUGGAGAAAAGCCAAAACCAAAACACUUUUGACGCCAAUUCGGAAACCAUUCAAACGUUUGACGAAAUAAAACGCCUCAACAAUGAGUUCAACCAAUUGUCGCGCGAUUUCGACGAAAGCAGACAAUUGUCGCUCCAAUUGAUGUCACAUUUGUUCCAAUUUUGUCGUCUCUUUCGUCGCGAAGACGACGACGACAACAAUGAGGACGACAGACGACGCGAACAGCGAUUGUGUCGUCUUUUGGACGCCUCCGAAGACCUCCUCAAUUGCGCCUCCAUUUUGGUCACAAAGCGCGAGAGCGGCCGCCACGCCCUCGAAGGCACUGUCGGCCAAAAGGGGCGCGAAGGGGGCGUGUCUUCGGCUGAGUCGGACGACAUUUGGUCGGAACCCGAUCGGGACGCGUCUCGCGCGCGCAUCGGCGCCAUUGCGACGACACAUACCUCUCCGUCGGCGUCGGCGGGCGCGCGACACGUGAGGCCGCGCGGAAAGCGGCGCCACAGCGGCGGCGGCGGUGAGCACGAGAUCUAUGUCGUCGUCUUUGGCUUUACUCGAUUUGGACUCCAAUUCGCGCCAAAGUCGGCCGCCGUCGAGACCUCUACUCAAACACAACCCCUCAAUGACGACAAAUGCGUUCAGACGACGACCACAACGACGACGCGCGACGACAAUCACAACGACCUGUCGCUCGCGUUGUCGGACGUCGACGACGCCUUCAGUCAGUUCGACGUGAGAACGCGCGCCAAAGCGGACGCCGCGGGACGACAGCCGCGAACGACUUCCGGCGCCGACUCGUUGUUCGCGUAUUUCGCGUCUCUGUCGCCAAUGAGUCGCCAAAAAGAGAACAAAAGCCAAACAAAGCCAAAGAAAGAGGAAUUUGUGCCAAACAUCGCGCUGUCGUCGCACUCGUCGUCCGUGUCGUCGAUCGUCGCGAACCGAAGCGACGACUUGAAGGCCGAGACGUCUCCCGAUUUGGGAAUCGCGGACUUAAGGGACGAGCGGCGCGUUCUCGUGCGAGUCAAACACCUCAAGCGAUUGCGACGCCUUCUGGCGGACGCCGUGACGACGAGCGCCGACCCUUCGGUGCGCCGGGCGCUGGCGGUGACGCGCGAGUGCUGCGAAUCGGCGGAACGCGCGGACGACGAGUUGUCGCGACUGAAGAGGUCUAAGGAGCGAAUGGCGCGCGAGAUCUCGAAAUCUCUGAACAAAACCGAAGAAUUGAUUGUUGAGAAGACGAGACAUUAA